GAAGAAGAGUUGUUAUGUUGUUUGGUACAUAAUAAUGAAAUAAAAAAGGAGUUUGAGUUGGAUUUGAAGUUGCCAACUUAUCUGCAACCUUAUUUGAUCUUCUGUUGAUCCAUCUGUAUUCAACUGCUUCAAACUUCUUACUCCAUUUGCGAAUAUUUUUUGUCCAGUUGUAAACCUGAAAGUUGAGCUUAUUAUCUUGAAGAAUUUCUUUUGCUGUUCUGCAAUCUGUUUCCAUAAUUAUUUUACGAUAUCCCAAACUCCAACAAUGCUGAAGCGCCAUAAGAGCAUCUGCAUUGAAGGUUCAAUGCAGAAGUUAACACCUUUCCCAAAAAAAAAAUAUUAAAAUAUUCUAUUUUUGGUGAAUUCAGCUCUUACAGGUUCACUGGGAUGAAUCUGGUUCAUCACUGUAUUGCGGACCCCACGCCACGUAGUGGUCCGUGAUUGGUCCGCUUAAUUUUUUUUUUUUUUUAAAAAAAAAUCAAACAGAAAAGUUAAAAAAAAAUAAUAAUAAAAAUUAAAAUUAUGAACCUCCCUCAAGGUUCAUUGAUGCUGAUGCUCUAAAGAUUGCUUGGAGUUCACUUUCCAGUGCUCAUUGUACUCAUUGUCCUGUAGCUUGUACCGCACCUCUAUAGAUUCCAUUUGAAUCUCUCACAACCCAACCUGUAGUUGUUAGCGUUUCCUCAUUAAUAAAACUCCCAUCUGUAUUGCAUUUAAACCAUCGUUGAGGAGGCCUUAUCCAAUGUCCUUGUGGAUGAGCCGUUGUUGUGUUGUUCCUCCGAACCACGUCAGAUGUGUUUUUUUUUUUUGUUGGUUUUAUUUUGCCUUUAGGAAACGAAUUUUAGACAACUGACAAAAACAUAACGAAGCAUCGUUUAAAAGAGUCAGCCGAAUUAAUACCACAAUAAUAUAAGUCAGACUAAGGAAUAUAUAUGACAGUUACAAUCAAAACAGAAAACAUGUUAACGUAAUCUAUCAUUUGUAAUGUCUUUGAGUUUAAAACAAAACCUAUUUACUAUAACAUAAGUACGUAACAAUUGUAUCUAAUGGUUUUGUGUUAUUUUAUUAGGUUGUUUAAUUUUUCAACGUGCACGUAAAACUUGUUGAAUGGAAGCAAACCUGGUAACCUUAUGUAGUAGACGCGAGCUUACUGAUGAAAAAAUUGUAAUAGUUUGUGAUCGAGAAAUUAAUUUAGAUUAUAAAAACAAUUAAUAGACAGUUUUUAUAAGAGUUUCAACGAGACACUGAAAACAAAAUUUAGUAAAAGUAUUAAGAAUUUUCUUUUUAAUUAUACAAGCUUCGGAGACACACACACACACACACAGAGUCCGAUUACCUUUAAAGCCUCCACUAGGAUUAAGUUACCAAGCUAGGCUGUAUUAAGAAUUUUUAUCAACUAGUCUAUGCAUGAUGCGUUGUAAAAUAAUUCCCCCCAUUUUAGAUCUGUUCGAAGAAGAAAGGCAAAAGCCUAUAGGCUAUAGGAAACGACAGUGGAGAGUGGAGGAAAAAGGGUCACGUGAGUAAGACGUAAGUUCACGUGCGGAAUCUAUUUCUUUCUAAAGAUGAUUUCUUAAAUCGGGAUCCCAUAGAGUUUACACAGAUCGUAUAAUAUUUUUCAUUUUUUCGGAAAUGUUUUUCAGUUUUACUCUUGGCUUGAGUUAUUUUGAUAUGCAUGUAUUUUGAUUAACUGCCUGCCUUUUACUAUUUUGUUUGUUUAAUUCUCUUAAUAUUUUUCCGUUUAAUUGUAUGGACAGCAGCAGUACAUCCAAUAUAUAAGCCAAAUAGAAAAUAUAAUAGUUUGUUUGCAUUAUUGAAAACAAGAAUUUGAUGUUUAAUGUAAUUAUGCAAUUAUAUCCUUGGAUUAUUCACAAGAACCAUAUACUUUUUUCUCCUUUGUUUCCAAGUGUAAUUCGCAAAGAAUAUUAACAUUGAGUCAUGUAGUUGUGGACCAACCUUGGAAAAUUAUUCACUGAAAACUAUAAUUUUGUAUAUAAUGCAUCUAUUAUUUUAAAUUUGUUUUAAGUUUUUAGCCUGCCUUGCAUUAAUACAAAUUCAUUUUAAUAUUGUAUAACUAAAAUAAUUUAAUGUUUUUCAUUCAAUUCUUCUUGUUUUUGAUAAAUUGUUUUAUACAUUUGGUGGUAUAAUGCCCAAAACAGUAAUCAUAUAAAAUUGAUAUAAUAUAAUUAAUAUUUAUUGUACAAUUUAAUUUAUUUUCCGAAAUGUUUAUAUAAAAUAUCAUGGAUUUUAUUUUUCAUUCUAUAGAUUUAAUUAAAUUAAUUAUAAUAUUUUAAUAUUUUAAUACCAAAAGCAAAAUUAUUCAAAUACUUUUUCGGUGUUCGGUUUAGAAAAUAAAGAUCAAAAUAAAAUUAUUGAGAUCUCAACGACAUUUUAUAGUAUACCAAUUAAGAUUAAGGUUAUUUUAAAGUGCAUCAAUUUAAUAAGAUUUAUUGUGUAUAUUAUCUAAAUUGUUUAUGGCAAAAUUUUAGUUUUAUCAGAUACUAGUUUACAAAAUUUCCUCUAUAUGAUAACUAUUUUCAUAAAUACCUUAAAUGUGUGAUAAAAAUUAAAAGAACUAAAAAUAUUUAUGAAUAAUUUAUAAAAUAUAUAUAUAAAUUCAUUAAAAAUCCCACCAUCUAAAUGUUAACCCUACACAAUAAUUACUAAACUAUGAACUUAAAUGUUAGAGUAUUUUUGAUUGCGUGUAUUUUUGAAAAUUGGUAAUAAAUUGAAGGUAUUUUAAGUAAUUUUUCAUUGUUCAUAGGUAAAAUCGUGUAGAUAAUAAAAAGAAAGUUAACCGUAAAUGAUUAUAAAAUAGUUUACGAAGAUUCAAGAAAAUCAGACAAGAUAUGGGUCCAGCCAAAAAUCCACAUAUACCACACACUCUAAGAAACAAAGUCUAAAACAUAAAUACAAACUAACAAAAAGAAAAAUCUAAAUGUAAUUCUAAAUAAACACAUCCAUCUCGCUCUCUCUCCAAAAGUGUAUGCAUAGAUUGUAUGUAAUGUAAUGAGCUUUAUAAACUAGGCAAUAUAGGUAUCAAAGACCCUAAGUUGCUCCAAAGUCUCAAGUGAAUGAGAGAGAAAGGUUGAUAAUACAAAAUAGCAAGAGAGAGACCCAAGAAAAAGCUUUCAUCAUUUAACAUAGGAGAACUUUGAAGAGUCUAAGAAAAGUUUUGAAAAUCUUUGGUUGCGAAAAGCUUAAUUAAAAGAACUUUACACCCUCUGUCUUUCUCUCUUUAUUAGUCCUUCCUCUUCUUUGUAAAGCUGAACCUCCCACUAUCUCAAUUUUUUUUUGUCUCUGGGUCUUGUUGUUUCGUCAAAUCAAAAAUCUCUAGAAAUCCAAAUAAAGUCAAAAAGAGAGAAGAAAAAGUAGUGAUUGAUGAGAACAGAUCAAGGAGCUGUAGUGAUGUUGGAUGAUGAUGCUUCCAACAAGAACACUAGUAACCCAUGUUGUGUGGUUUCUUCUUCUUCUUCUGAUCCUUUCCUCACUUCUUCUGAAAAUGGGGUCACCACCACAAACACAUCCACUCAGAAGAGGAAAAGAAGACCUGCAGGUACACCAGAUCCAGAUGCUGAAGUUGUGUCUUUAUCACCGAGAACUCUUCUUGAAUCAGACAGAUACAUUUGUGAGAUCUGUAACCAAGGGUUUCAAAGAGAUCAAAAUCUCCAGAUGCAUCGAAGACGUCACAAGGUUCCAUGGAAACUUCUGAAGAGAGACAACAACAUAGAAGUGAAGAAACGAGUCUAUGUUUGCCCUGAACCCACUUGUCUUCACCACGCCCCAUGUCAUGCUCUUGGUGAUCUUGUAGGAAUCAAAAAACAUUUCAGACGAAAGCACAGUAACCAUAAGCAAUGGGUUUGUGAGAGAUGCUCUAAAAGUUAUGCUGUUCAAUCAGAUUACAAAGCUCAUCUCAAAACUUGUGGCACUAGAGGCCAUUCUUGUGACUGUGGUCGCGUCUUCUCCAGGGUGGAGAGUUUUAUUGAACAUCAAGAUAACUGCUCCGUACGAAAGGUUAAUCGUGAACCGCCGCCGCCAAAAACCGCCGUUACUGUCCCGGCCUGCUCCUCUAUAACGGCCUCAACCGCAAGCACUCCAUCUAGCGAAGGGAAUAACUGUGGUGCGGUUGCGGUUGCGACUCCUAUACCUCUAGAAGGGCGUCCAAUUCAUCUGAGAAACUCAUGUUUUACACCUUCUAUUCUCACCAACUCAUCGAGUCCCAACCUUGAACUCCAGCUUCUUCCAUUAACGUCGAAUCAAAACCCUAAUCAAGAAAACCAUCAACACAAAGUUAAUGAACCAUCUCAUCAUCAUCACGAUACCACAAACUUAAACCUAUCCAUUGCUCCCUCAUCGUCAUCAUAUCACCGUCACUACAACAACUUUGAUCGCAUAAAGGAAAUAAUGGCGAGCGAACAGAUGAUGAAGAUAGCGAUGAAGGAGAAAGCUUACGCGGAGGAAGCUAAAAGAGAAGCUAAGAGGCAACGAGAGAUGGCGGAAAACGAGUUUAUGAAUGCUAAGAAGAUAAGGCAACAGGCACAAGCUGAGCUUGAGAGAGCUAAGCUUUUAAAGGAACAAUCUAUGAAGAAGAUAAGUUCAAUGAUUAUGCAAGUUACUUGUCAAACUUGUAAAGGACAGUUUCAAGCGGUUGCCGUUCCCGCGGCAGCGGACGAGACAUCUCUUGUGGUGAGUUAUAUGUCAUCAGCGAAUACUGACGGAGAGGAAUCGUGAUAGAGUUUCAAAAGGGGGUUUAAUAUAUAAAAAUAAAAACUAAGAUAAAUGGAACAUUUUAUGAAUUACGUGUUGUUGUCUUAUUUUUCCUCUUUCUGUUACCAUAAAUCUUUGGUCCAGUUAUUUUCCCGUUUAAACGUCUAGUUAACGAAGCUAAAUAUAAUA